GCCUGAGCACUUCGGUUUGAAACGUCGUCGACAACGGACGCGCGCAACGGACAAAUUUUAAAUAACUGGAUUACGCGAGCUCCCCAAUAAAGGAAGCUAUUGAAACAAGGAUAUUUAACGGUUAAACAUGUAUUUUUACACAGCCAGUUGGAGCUUAUGUGUUAUCAUUUAUCUAAUACCAAGUGCAACAGCCUACACACGGGAAAUAUUCAAUGAUAAACCGCCACUGCAGGAGAGACCGCCGUGGCUACAAACGUGUAAACGAUCCAGUCCCAAUGAGAACAAAUGUUUCCGUCAACUGUUCGAGGGCUGCUUCCCAGCUUUGGCUGCUGGAAUACCAGAAAUUGGAGUGAAGAGCUUUGAGCCACUGAACAUUGACCAGGUGUCCGUAUCUAAGGGCAGCGGAAAUCUGGUGCUAUCCGGAGGCUUCCAGAAUCUAGUCGUACGCGGCCCCUCCAACGCGACAGUGCGCAGUGCUAGUUUGGAUCUGGCUCGCCGGCAGUUGAAUUUCGAGCUGGAACUGCCACGGCUGCGAAUUCGAGCCAAAUACAAUCUGAAGGGCAACAUACUAUUGCUGCCUCUGGUUGGCAACGGUGAUGUGGCCAUGGCAUUCAAGAAUGUGCGUACAGCCGUCUAUACGAAAAUAUCGCUGCGCAAUGAAACCCAGACUGGCGAUGAAAUCAUACACAUUGAUGAGAUGAAAGUCAGCUUUCAGGUGGGCGCUAUGCGAAUUCACCUCAAGAAUCUAUUCAAUGGCAAUGAGAUUUUGGCCGCUUCCAUUAAUACAUUCCUCAAUCAAAACGGAAACGAAGUGAUAGCAGAGCUGCGUCCUGAUCUGGAACUGGGAUUAGCCGAUAUUUUCCAUGGCCUGUGGAAUAAUGUCUUCUCAAAGAUGCCCACCAAACUGUGGCUGCUCUAAAAGCAGUUGCCGUGAAUUGUG